AUGGCCGGGCCAAUUCUAACGAUUCGUAAUUUGACCUCGACGCCGGUUGAAUUUAAGCAAUUAGAGCGACUUCAAAAUGUAUCUUACUCGCGAUGCCUCUACAGCUUGUGCAAGGACUUCAUCGGUAUGACAAGUAACAAUAAAACGACGAGCUCGCCAAACACGGCUUUAUCCCGGAAACUUAAUAAUCAAAAGGAGAGUUUUUUCAUCGUCGCUCCCUUUGAGACAAAAGUUACUGAAAUAGAGAGGAAUCCAGAUGAACUUUUGCGAUUGACUUUUGAAGUGGAUGGCCGGAGUUAUCAAAUUAAUACAUCGGAGCGAUGCCCGGGCUCAAUAGCUUUAACGUCCCUCACUCCUGAUUCAAGUGCGCAGCUUAUAGCUAUACAUCACCCUAAGACAUCUCACCUCUCAUUAUUCUCGACUGCACCUCUCGAUGGCUGGAUGAGCAGCCUAAGUGAUGAAAUACCGCUUUCGGCAUUGAGCAUCCCCGGUACGCACAAUUCACCCACCUGUCACCUUGCAUUGCCAUCAGUUCGCUGCCAGGCUGUCAGUAUAAGUGAGCAACUUAAUCAUGGCGUUCGUUUCCUAGAUAUCCGCGUUCAACCCGAAGAUCUUCAAGACCCCUCCAAAGAUCGUUUAAGUCUAGUCCACGGGGUGUUCCCUAUCUCCCUAACAGGGCCCAAAUACUUUCGCAGUCUUCUCAAAGCUAUUUAUACCUUUCUUGAUGCACAUCCAACUGAGGCUAUUAUUCUCUCGCUCAAAAGAGAGGGAACCGGCAAAGCGACCGACGAGCAGCUGAGUCAAAUUCUUCAUAAGUAUUAUGCUCAUGAUCAAAGGCGCUGGUUUACCGACACUCGAAUUCCAAAGCUCGGUGAGGUCCGCAGUAAGAUUGUCCUCAUACGUCGUUUCAAUCUUGAUGAUGCUCUCAGAGCUGAGAACAAUAACCGAGGAUGGGCCAUUGAUGCCACAUGCUGGCCAGAUAAUUGUGCCGAUGGAAUUUGCUGUGAUGGCGCUAUUCGAAUUCAGGAUUUUUAUGAGGUAUCUGAAUCUAGUUUAAUUAAAACAAAAAUGGUGUAUGCUAUCGAACAACUUACUAGAUCAGCUCGUACAGGUAUUAAUCUGAGCAAGAAAGAUACAAUUAAUCCUCAUCCCCCAUUUUUCAUUAAUUUCCUUAGUGCAUCUAACUUUUGGAGAACUCAAUGUUGGCCAGACCGUGUUGCGUCCAUAGUUAAUCCAUAUAUUGUAGAUCAUUUGUGCCGAAAGCACAGUAUGGGAAACGAAUGUUUUGAUAAAGAUCUGUUAGGGAAUGGCUGCACGGGGAUUGUUGUUUGUGACUGGGUGGGAAAGAAUGACGACUGGGAUCUAGUCACAUGUAUUGUCGGCAUGAAUAAACUGCAUCAACUACGAUGA